CACUGACCCAAAGUGCAAUAUUGAUCAAAUGUGGCCAGUCCUAAACUUCCCAGCAGAAAGCUGCAUUGCAUUUACCUGAUUCUCCGCUGAAACAAUCAUGUAUAGUGUUGUUCUGACUGUACUCAGCCUGCUUCCCCUGGGCCUGAGUGUGGAUCUAACGGGCCUGUAUGGUACCUUCACCUCCCCCAACUUUCCUGACGCCUACCCCAACAAGGAUCUCACUGUCUGGAACAUAACUGCUCCAGAGGGCCACAGGAUCAAGCUUUACUUUUCCACCUUCAGCCUGGAACCCUCCUACCUGUGUGAAUAUGACUAUGUUCAGAUCUUUUCAGAGGGCAGUGAGGCUGUCCGCUUUUGCGGCGAGGAGGAGAAAGAUUACGACGACGCCCCCAAGAACACGGCACUGUACUCAGCAAAGAACACCAUGUCAGUUGUUUUUAGAUCCGACUUCUCCAACGAGGCAGAAUUCCCUGGCUUCCAGGCUAUUUACACCACUGAAGAUAUCAAUGAGUGCUUGAGCACAGUGGAUGGAGAGCCAGUGUGUGAUCAUUAUUGUCACAAUUAUGUUGGUGGCUAUUUCUGCUCUUGCAGAAUGGGAUACCAACUCCAUCCAAACCAGAAAACCUGCAAUGUUCAGUGUGCUGGCCAGUUGCUGACACAGACGUCAGGGGAGUUCACCAGCCCAGACUUUCCAAGCUUCUACCCCAAGCUCAGCCACUGUGACUACACCAUACUCCUGCUCGAGGGCUUCAACCUGACCCUGGAAUUCCAGGAACCUUUUGAUGUGGAGAUGCACCCAGAGGUCCCGUGUCCAUAUGACAUCCUAAAGAUCACAGCAGGUUCACGGGAGUAUGGCCCAUUCUGUGGAACCACGGCUCCUAGUAGGAUAGAGACUAAUAAUCAUGAGGUGCAUGUGAUAUUCAAGACAGACGAUUCAGGAAAAAACAGGGGCUGGAAGAUCAAAUACACCAGUAAAGCUGUGUCAUGCCCAAACCCAGUGAUUCCUGCCCAUGCUCGCAUUGACCCCCAGCAGCCUGAGUACAUCUUCACAAAUACUUUCAGCCUCCGUUGUGAAACUGGUUAUGAAUUAAAACUGGGUACAGAAUAUUUGGAAUCAUACCAAGCAGGUUGCCAAAAAGAUGGCACCUGGAAUGCUGAAAUGCCCAUCUGCACCCUUAUUGACUGUGGAAUUCCUAACGAAAUUCUAAAUGGAGCUGGCACAUACACCCAAACCACCUACAUGUCUGUUGCUAAGUACACAUGUAACGCGCCAUUCUAUACGAUGACAAAUGGAAUGAACGAAAUCUAUACUUGUGACCAUGAUGGUUUCUGGAAAGACUCAUCUGGUGGCAACAAACCUCCUGAGUGUGUACCCAUCUGUGGCAAGCCAACAUAUGUGCCUCUGGAGAGGAUCAUUGGUGGUGAGACAGUACAGAAGACAGAGAUCCCUUGGCAGGUCUUGGUCAUAAUGAGGGGCCGUAUGCAGGGUGGGGCAGCCCUCCUCAGCGACCAAUGGAUCCUGACAGCCGCCCACGUCGUACAGGAUUACGGCGACGUCUCCAGUCUAAACGUGAAGAUGGGCAUGGUGAAACGCAACGACCGAGAGGCGGUGGAAGGCCUACCAGAGAAGGUCUUUAUCCACCCAGACUAUCACCACGGGGUGGACUUCAACAAUGACAUUGCCCUGAUCAAGCUGCAGAAGAGGGUACCUAUCAAUGACAUGGUCAUGCCCGUUUGUCUGCCGGGCAGAGAUAAGCGAUACACCCUGAAGACAGAUGAGAUGGGUAAAGUGUCUGGGUGGGGAGUGUCAAGCUCAGCUCGCAACAGCUUAUACCUCCAAUACACUCACCUACCCGUGGUUGACCAUGGGGUUUGUAAAGCUAAAUAUGAUGCAUUUGAAGAUAAGAAACUAACUGUGACUGAGAACAUGAUAUGCGCCGGCCUACCUGACGGUGGCAGGGAUUCCUGUCAGGGUGACAGUGGAGGAGCUUUUGUUUUUCAGGACAGCCUCACUAGCAGCUGGUUUGUGGGUGGCAUCGUCUCAUGGGGUCACGGUUGUGCUCAGGCCGGCUACUAUGGGGCCUACACCAAAGUUAGCAAUUACCUCUCCUGGAUAGAGGACACCAUGGAUAAGAACAUAUGACAUUUUGUGGUAUAUUUCAUGCAUGUAAUCUGUUAAAAAAGGGAAAGCAAAAUUGAAACAUUGAAACAAGUAUUUUCUAAUUCCCUGUGCUACGCUACCAGGGUUUAUAUACUGCAUGGGAUUAUGGUACUCCAUGAGAACAUGUCAGUGGUUGCUUUACAUGUAAGUGGAUUAAUUCCCAGAACCUGCUGUAGGAAACAAUCAUUCCUGCUAAGAACUUAAGCACAACUAAGAGCCACUUGUUGCUCUUUGAAUGCGUUGAUGUGAACGGGGGUGGGGGUGGGGGUGUUGAUGCAGAGGUGUUGUUUAAAAGUCAAAUGAGCCGCCGCGUGGUCUCUAGACCCCUGAUCCGUGAUGUGCAGUCAUUUACCCCUCAUGCAUAAUGGAACUGAUCUCAGCACCACCAGUGUCUCCUUCUAUCUAAACACCCGUUAAAGGUUUCUCCUCUCUCGUGUAAUUGCCUCUUCACUGUCAUUUUGGACCUGCAGUCUCCCAGUGAUCUCCAACCCUGACUCUCAUGUGUCCCAUCAGAAAUUCUCAUGCCAUGCUCACUCUUGGAAAUAUUUUCACCUUGUCUUCAUAAACAUAUAGUAAUCACA